AUGGAAAAACCCUCUUGGGUUCCUACUUUGGUGGCGCAGGCAUGUUUGUGCUUUAGUCUGUACCUUGCUUUUCAACUGGGUCAGCCUCAGAAGCCUAUGUACCAUGGUACAAGUGGGACGAGACCCCUUGAUCUUUACUUUAUCAGCGUUGGAGGGGGCUUCAGACCUCUCAAUCAACAGACCCAUCUUCUCAAACAGAUGGAAAAGGUGAUAAAGAAGUACAAGGCAAAGUUCGUGGUGGACAUUAGUGAUCUUGGGAAAGAUGAUCCGCUCAUGCAGAAUGGUACCCUGCUUUUCUCAUCACUGAAACUUCCCUGGUACACCACUAGAGUUUCAGAAAGAGAUGGAGGAGGCUACUUCCAAAAGAAGAUCAAUUUACCUUACGAGAAAACCUUAGAUGUCAUUGUGGUGGAUACUGGAUUGUUACAGGGCACCGGAUCAUUAGGUGGGUUCGGAAACAAUCAGUUACAUUGGCUGAAAGGGACACUAGAAGCAACCAGUAGUAACUGGCGCAUAGUCGUUGGAUUCCACCCAUUGGCUAUUUGUGAAGAUGGUGAGGGGGGAAUGGGAGCAAAGAGAGUUUUUGAGCCUCUACAACUUAUUUUUAUGAAAUUUGAAGUGAAUGCAUACUUAAGUGCGCAGGGUUGCGCUAGCAGUGUCCGACGACGCAGCCUGAGCUACCUUGGGAACCCGGGCCAAAUGGAGGAUGGGUUUCUUCUUCAUAGAGUCAGCACACUAGAGAUUGUAACCUACUUUGUUAGCUCAGGUGGGGAAGUUGUGCAUAAAUCUGUACUCCAUCAGAGGGGUAAGGAGAUCAUGUAA